AUGUUACUGAAGUGUUUUAUAUUGUGGUUCAUGAUUAAUUAUGUGCAACCACAAAACUACCUCCUACAAAAUACAUAUCAUCCCCAAGAUCAAAACUCAGUCAAAAGAAAUCCAGUUGAAGUAGAAAGAAGUAAAGAAAUAUCUGUUACGACGACUGUACAGCAAGGUAAUGGCAAAAAAUUAACAAACGAAGCAUUAUCAAAAGGAUCAUCAGCAACGCAGCAAAGUUCUCAGGGACAGAUAGUAUUCAGACCACAAGCAUCACAACCACAAGUAACUAAUGCGGACAAAUUUAACCGUCUCUUAUAUUCUGUAACAAAUGUGGGAAUAAAUUUAUUAAAGAUUAUCAAUUCUAUGGCGACUGGUAACGUAGUAGUUUCACCUUAUUCCGUUAGUUCUCUCCUCAGUUUGCUACAGCAAGGAACUUCCGGAACAACUCAGGAAGAGCUAACGCGAGUUUUGGGUAUGACACCCGAAGCUUUAGCCGCUGCGUAUUCUAGGAUUACUACUGACUACAAAAAUCGUAAUUCCCACAGUAUAAUGAAAACUGCAAGCAACGUUUUCGUUGGAGAGUACUUCAUUAUAAACAGUGAUUUUCAAAGAAUAGCACAAGAAAAUUUCGACAGUGACAUCACCCGUGUAUCUUUUGGAAGACCUGACCUAGCAGCACGUGAUAUCAACAAAUGGGUGGCUUCCAAGACCUUGCAAAAGAUUGAAAAAAUCAUCACUUCAGAUGCUCUCGACUCAUCCACACAAAUGGUUCUUGUUAAUGCAAUUUACUUCAAAGGGCUUUGGGAAGUUCCAUUUAGAGUUGAAGCAACUCGACUAUCGGAAUUCCACCUAAGUAAUGGCGCAACGAAAGUUACCGACUUUAUGCGAAUGAGACAUUCCUUGAAGACUGGCGUGGACCAGACUGCUAAAGCUAAAGUUGUUAUUCUUCCUUUCGAGGGUAACCAGUACUCUCUUAUGGUAAUAUUACCAUCAGCGUCUGACGGUAUUACGAGUUUUCUGGCUAACCUCACAGAUGCACGGUUAUUGAGUUAUCUUAGUUUCCCAGAAGAGGAAACAGAUUUGGAACUACCAAAAUUUGUAGUCAGAGGCGACACAAAUCUAGAAAUUGUUCUAAGAAAUAUGGGCAUCGCUACAAUGUUUAGUUCUUACGCUGAACUCAAUACAUUAGGAACAUAUCAGGGAUACACACCACAUAUAUCGUCAGCUGUGCAUUCGGCAGUGUUGUCAAUAGAUGAAAAGGGUGGAUCAGCAGCUGCUGCUACUGCUUUUGCAGCAGUAGCAUUAUCUUAUGACGAGCCAUCGACAUAUUUUAAGGCUGAUACACCUUUCAUUGUAGUUUUAUGGGAUACUAAGUCAUCUCUACCACUUUUUAUCGCGAAGAUUGAAGAUCCUACACAAUAG